UGCUCUUCUCUCUCUCUCUCUUCAUUCCUCUCUCUCUCUCUCUCUCUCCGUCUUGUCGGACUCCCCUCGCGUGACCUGCGACUUCGCCAUUUUUUCCUCCUUCAUUCCUCUCUGCGCCUUUUAACGACCCGAGGACGGUUUUACCGGACCGAAAGAAAGAAAGAAAGAAAGAAAGAAAGAAAGAAAGAGUCGAGCAGUAACUCUGAACACAGACCGUGCCCCGUGUCAGAGACACCUCCUCCCCCGCCGCCAUGCCGGAGCCGCGCGGUUCUCCCGCAGACUCUCCGUUCUCCAUCCGGAACCUGCUCAGCUGCGACACCAAGCCCAAAGCGGCCGCCAAGCCCGCGAGACCGGAAGUAGGAUUCGGGCUCGGGGUUGGUCUCGGGUUGGGACUCGGUUUCGGGGACUUCGGCUUGGCUCGGCUCGAGCUCUUCAACCCGCACCGGUUAGCGCUGCCCGCGUACCUGGAGCGCGCGAGCUGGUAUCCACCGCACGCGCUCACGGGAGCUUCCGCACACCUGUACAGCACCGCAGAUAAAAGCAGCACGUGCUCAGAGAGAGACUCCCCGGAGUUCCGGUCCGACCCGGAAACUAAGGAAGAGCACGAUGAUGAUGAAGAGGAGGAGGAGGAAGAAGAGUGCGCGAGGAGCGGAGAGGAGGAAGUCGAGGACACGGACGCAGAAGAGCGAAGGAGAAUUGCGGCGCGUGAGGAGGAAGGAGAGGAAGACGAAGAGGGGGAGGAGGAGGAGGAGGAGGAGGAGUGGAAACGGCGCGCGCGGGUGACACCGACUCCGGCCUCGGUGGCGCUGGUGGAAACGGAGGAAGAGGAUGAGGAGAAGAAACCGGGCCACCGGAAGAAGAAGACGCGCACGGUGUUCUCGCGCAGCCAGGUGUUCCAGCUGGAGUCCACGUUCGACGUGAAGCGCUACCUGAGCAGCUCGGAGCGCGCGGGCCUUGCCACGUCCCUGCGCCUCACCGAGACUCAGGUGAAGAUCUGGUUCCAGAACCGCAGGAACAAGUGGAAGCGGCAAAUUGCCGCCGAGCUCGAGGCCGCGAGCCUGCAGCAGCACCACCUUCAUCAUCACCAUCAUCACCAGCAUCCUCUCCACCAGCAGCACCAGCAGCGGAUCGUGCGCGUGCCCGUGCUCUAUCACGAGAGCGCGGCGGCGGCGGCGGCGGUGGCCGCGGGGGUCUCAACAGAGAGCGCGAGCCCUCAUCACACGAGCGCCAGCACCAUCACGACCAGCGCGUGCACCACCACGCCCACUCCGCUCCUCGCCUUCCCGCACGCGCUCUAUUACCCGCAGCCGCACAUACCGCUGCUGAGGCGCACGUAGAGUUUUACAGACAUGACACACAAACAUCAGAGACUGAAAUACAUUUUAAUGAGAAAAAUAUAAACUAAUACACAAAUUAUUUUUCUAAGAGACACAGAGAAGGUUUUUGGGGUUUUUUUGUCAUGGAACCGAUUUACGGAUAACAUGGAAACCUUUUUGCUUUUUCUUUCUUUUCUUUCUUUAAAUUUUAUGUCACUUAUUUUUUUGGUCCCUUUGAAAAAAAAUUCCUACCAGAGGAUACAUUUAAAUGAGGCUAAGAAUUAUUAUUAUUAUUAUUAUUAUUAUUAUUAUUAUUAUUAUUAUUAUUAUUAUAUAAUUACUUUACAUGAUGUUUCUGUGGUUUUAUAUAUAUAUAAAAUAUGGCGUGUGUGUGUGUGUGUGUGUGUGUGUGUGUGUGUGUGUGUGUGUGUGUGCAAUAUCGCAGGGACUGUGUGCUACUGAAUUUAUUAUAAACAUGUUUCUAGUAAAAUUCCAUUCAAUGGACAAUCAUAUUUUAAAAAAAUACUCGGACCUAGAUUUCCAUCUGCAUUAUCAUAUAUAUAUAAACAAAAAACCACCGGAAAUGACGUUGAAAUGUGGUUUGAAGUUAUUUUGGGUGUAAAUUUGAAAGAAGUGCAGUGUGCUUUGUACAGAGAUGGAAAAUCUUUUUUUUUUAUAUUGUACCUG